CACGAACCCGUGUCCCCUGCAUCGGCAGGCGGACUCUCAACCACGGCGCCACCAGGGAAGCCCAAGACUGAUCUUUUGGUAACACUUUUAUUUGAGAUUUUAUGUUAUCCAUAAUAGAAUGUACUCAUUGAAUUUUCUUAUUCUGUACAAGAAUGUGAACAGAUUCACAUGCUGUCAUUAGAAGUAUUAAUGGUGUUUUCUCUGAUUUUGUUUACCUUUAAAGAAGUUUUAUUUAAUUUUUUUUCUUUUUACUACCUGAUUGUGCCAGAUUUGGGGGACAAAAAAAUUAAAUUUAUCUUUGAAAAUGUGUCAGCUGUGAGUAUGGGGUUUCCAUUUGGGAGAUGAAAAAGUUCUGGAACUGGAUAGUGGUGGCGGUUGCACAACAUCAUGAAUGCACUUAAUGCCUCUGAAUUGUAUACUUUAAGAUGGUUAAAAUGUGUAGUUUUAAACCACAAUUUCAAAAAUGUGUUGACCCAUUUAUGGUAUGUGAAUUAUAACUCAAGAAAGCUAUUAAAUAAAUAAAUAUAGCAAAAAAUAUCAGAGCUAAAAAAGAUGUGUCCAUCAUUGCCCCAAAGACACAAACUGUAAAAUAGGAUAUUGGAGGAAGGUCAGGAGAGGGUCGGAGUAAAUAUAAAGUGGUAAUAAGGGAGUGUAUUAGUUCUCUAUUGCUAUAUAAUAAAUUACCCCCAAAUUUAGCAGCUUAAAGCAAUGAAGAUUUGUUACAUCACACAUUACAUGAGAGUCAGGACUUUAGGAGUGGUUUACCUGGGUGGCUCUGGCUCAGGGUCUCUCAUGAGGUUGUAGUCAAGCAGUUGACCAGGUCUACCGUCAUCUGAAGGCUUGACUGGGGUUAGAAGACCCGAUUCCAAGGUGACUCACUCACAAGGCUCUUGGCUGGAGGCCUCAGUUCCUUGCCCUGUGGGCCUCUCCAUGGGCUCUCCUCACACAUGGCAGCAAACUUCCAGCAGAACCAGAAAUCCAGAGAGAGAAAGAGGGAGCUGCAGUACCUUUUAUGACCUGGUCUCCAGAAUCAUACACUGUCCCUUCCACCUUUUUUCACUUCCUUAAAAAGGAGUCACUAAGUCCAGCUCAUACACAGAGGAGGAGAAUUAGGCUCCACCUUUUAAGGGAAGUGUUAGACUUGUGGACCUAUUUGGCACCACCACAGACAACAGAGGAGAAUGGACAAAUGUAGCUUCCUGGGGUAUUGAUUGUACAAUCAAGUCCACAUGCAUUUAUCAAAUGUUGCUAUUUGAAGAGAAAGAGUAGAAAAAGCAUCCAGCUUUGCUCUUUACUGGUAGAAUGACCAUGGACAAAUCAUUUAACCUGCUCUGUGCCUCAGUUUUUUUACCUGAUGAAGUGAUGGGUUGAAGUAGAUAAUCCCUAACUUCUCUUAUAUCCCUAGGGUCCAGAACAAUUCCUGGCACAUAGUAGAUGUUCAAUAAAUGUCGGUUCAUUGACUCUCAACUGACUGAAUUCUAAUACAAUGGAACUGUUCCUGACAUGGAAGGAAAGAGUAUUGAAGAGCGGUUAACUUUUUCACUAAAUGAUUCAGUGUCACCAGUGCCAGGGCUGUGACUUUGGCAACACUGGCCUGGAGACAAGGAAACGUCCCGAGGGCCAGCCGCCUGUUCAACGUGUGCCCAGGGCCCGGGCAGUGCUGGGUGGUGCUCCAUGUGACUGGUAACUCUGCUUGCUGAUGUGCUGCUGUCCCCUUUGCCUGCCAUGGCCUCCAGGAAGAAUCACAGCUGCACUCUUCUCCCAACAGCUUGUCUUGCUCGUGUGCCUGGAGACCCCAAAGCAAGGCAAGCAUUCGAAAUGAGGUAAACAUAUAAGCACAAAGAAGAAACCAACAUACACAUCCUCUGCACAUCCUCUGCAAUACAGCAGGAAAAUCACAGAGGAUCCGACCACAGGAAGAAGUCAGGAAAGUCAAUAAACAAGGAGGAGAUGCGACAUACAGAGACGAAAUGUUUAGAAGAAAUAAACACUGAGGGGAGGAAAAAAGAGGCAACCUGGAAGUUCUUGGGUUAAGAAGUUCCCUGAGCCUUCAUUUCCAGGAUUGUAAUCUGUGGUCCCAGGGACCAUAAAGCCACCCUCCCAGGAGACUCUGUGUCACAAAUGCCUAGAAAUUUCUCCUGCUCUGCCUCACAGCCCUCUCACACCCCCUAGGUGCCCACGUGAGCCUCAUCUGGUACUGUAACGUAGCUCAUCAGGGAUGUCAUAUCUUGCUAAUUAUAGAGGCAAGGUAAGGAAUUAACCUUCCUUGAGGACACGCUGUAUGCCAGACACAGUUUGACUUUUACAAUAGCUACUAAACUCCUCACAGUAAUAUCGAAUCAUUGGGUAAAUGGUUUUACCAUUUUAGAAGCUAUCUCACGUGAAGUCACACAGCCAGUAGAACUGGAAUUGGAGCCCAGAUUGCUCUUAAAAUGCCCAGCUCUCUACUCAGCCUCCCUGCAACCUCUAGUACUCAGCUUCCUUCCCUUCCCUCUGUCCUGCGCCUUUAAGGAUCAUUUGUAGGAAGUCCUGUUCUGACCAUUUAGGACUGGGGAGCCUCAGGAAAAUCGCCUUCCCCCACGCAGGUCUCUGAGGCUGGUGACCAUCCUCCCCGUGAACGCAGAGACAAAACCGACAGCACAAUGCUAAUAGGAGGAGGCGAAGAGAGCGACAGGGCCAGCAUCCUGCUUUUCUCCAGCCUGAAUCCCCGAAGAGUGCACAGUCGGGACAGCUACAGUGGCUGAUGGCUUGAUGGCCGCCACAUCAUUUGUUGGCUGACAUGGCAGGCGACAUUUUUCAUCCACAUAAGUGAAUACGGGCCUGGAGGUCAGGAGCCCUGUCUGUGUACUAAGGAUCGUGAUUCGGCAACAUCACCAGAGUGCAGAGUUUGGAGCCCUGUAGGUGGAUCAGAUCUCUCAGAAAAAGUACAUACAGAGAAGACAGAGGCUGUGGAUACAAGUUGGUCAGAUUGGGAUGCACUUGAGAAUACCUGUCCCCAGGACCUCAACACCUAAAUCCUGUUUUAGGACCUUGGGGCAGGUAAGUACAUGAAGAAUGUAGCCAAACAGAGGAAUCCCCCAAGGAAUGGAUGUUUGAGGGCUUUAGCCCAGGACCUCAAAGAGGAGCCCUAGCCCUGGUGAGCUGGGCUUAGGUAAUAGAGCUGCACAGACUCUCUGGACUGUGGUAGGCAGAUCUAAGAACAGACUGAGUGGCCACCUGUCUUCAUAAGCCCAGAUGCAAGUCUCCACUCUGUCUUAUCCCCUUUAGAGAGAGACCGGGUAAACCCUAGAAAAGGAAUGGCCCAAAAGAUAAGGAAACAAAGACAGGUUUAUACUGAUGCUUGGAGCACUGCUGGUGGACAUUGCAUCUUUAGGACAUGUGCUUUCCCAGCAGCAGAUGGCCACUGGCUGACUCACUACACCAGAUAGCCAGGAAGAUCAGAAUCCCAAAGAAGGGGCCAAGAGAGAAGGCACCAACUCCAAAAUGUGGGGCUCAAGAAAGGGUCUUGGCUCUGAAGUAACUAUGUGCCAACCAGUUUCCUCCUAAGAGUUAAAGAACCAUCCAUGUGCCUAGAGGCCAAGAGGGAUCCCCAAUAUUUGAGGAACCAAUAAAGGAAGAAAAAUGGGACAUGACGGUUGGAAAAGUGAGAGAAACAGCAGGAGGGUGUGUUCCCAUAAAAGCUGAGGGAAAAGAGUUUAGAAAGUUGAUCAAUAUAAGAGCAAAAUCAUGUCCUUUGGAUUUAGUGGGGGUGGUCACUGACCACCUUGACAAAACCAGUUCCUGCGCAGUGAUGGAUUCAGGAGCCAGAAUGUACUGAGCUCAGUGACUCAGUAUCCAAAGGACCUGAGGCAGUGGUCAUGCUCCAUCAGUCUCUCAGAUCCCAGGCUGUUGUUUGUCCCACAGUCUUUCUCCCGGACCUUUCCAUUCUCAGGAACCACCUCUCAGUACCUCCACUGGACAAGGCCAGUCUCUCUGGAGAACAGCCAGUAACUAUGAUAGUCUGUAACUCCUGAGGGGACCAUGGGGCCAUAUGCAGCAGGUGGGCUGUAGCAGGAAGUGAACAAAACACAUUUCUCCAAAAAUGCUGAGAUCUACCUCACUUUAUAGAUGGGACACGCAACCUGGAAAAAAUGGCACAGAAAGGUCCGGAAAGCAUGAAAUGUUUGCGCAGAGUCACACAGCUGGUGUUCCUGCCAAGGACCAUAGAGGACUCAUCCUGACCAGGCGGGUUGCCAGGAUUAGAUCUGGCUUCCUGGACAAGGAGUUUCUGUGGGUCCAGAUGAUGAUUCACUUGGCUGGGUCAUUCUGGUUUGGCAUCUCUCAGGAGAUGCAUUCAGCUGGUGGCUGGGGUCAUUUCAAAGACUUCUUCAAUCAAGUGUCUGGUGCAGGACUGGUAAACUGGGAAGCAAACUCUUGAGUUCACAGCUGGCCUGUGGUUUUUGCAUCUCAUCAAGGAGCUCCUCCUCGUACAGGUUGCAUUUUUCUGAAGUUGUUCAUUGAGACUUCCCAGCAUUCCUGCAGAUAUAAUAGUAGGUGAGGCUUGCGGCCGCGCGGAGCUGAGACAUGGCAGCAUGACAGCCCCGGAAAGCGCUGCCCCACGACGCCGCCGGGACGAGGGAGCCCCCGAGCAGCGGCCACUGCCGGCCCGGAGCGCCUGAGCCUCCUUCCCGCGCCUUCCCCACCGCCCGCCGGGCUCGCCUGUCCAGUUCACCCCGUGGCCUCCCGACUCCUGACGUCUCGAACAUCAAUAUGUGUCAUGUCAUUGUCACCUGUCGCUCGAUGCUCUGGACCCUCCUGAGUAUUGUGGUGGCGUUUGCCGAGCUCAUUGCCUUCAUGAGCGCAGACUGGCUGAUUGGAAAAGCCAAGCCCCGCGGCAGCGCCGAGCCCGGCGAGCAGGGCGGAGGCUCCCUGGAGCCCCACCACCCCACGCUGGGCAUCUACGCCCGCUGCAUCCGGAACCCCGGCGUGCAGCACUUCCAGCGGGAGACGCUGUGCGGGCCCUACGCCGAGACCUUCGGAGAGAUCGCCAGCGGCUUCUGGCAGGCCACCGCUAUUUUCUUAGCCGUGGGCAUCUUCAUUCUCUGCAUGGUGGCCCUGGUAUCCGUCUUCACCAUGUGUGUGCAGAGCAUCAUGAAGAAAAGUAUUUUCAACGUCUGCGGGCUGCUGCAAGGAAUUGCAGGCCUCUUCCUUAUCCUGGGUUUGAUACUCUACCCUGCUGGCUGGGGCUGCCAGAAGGCCAUAGGCUACUGCGGACACUACGCGUCGGCCUACAAACCCGGAGACUGCUCGUUGGGCUGGGCCUUCUAUACCGCCAUUGGGGGCACGGUCCUCACUUUCAUCUGCGCCGUCUUCUCCGCACAAGCAGAAAUUGCCACCUCCAGUGACAAAGUCCAAGAAGAGAUCGAAGAGGGGAAAAACCUCAUCUGCCUCCUUUAGUUUGGAAGAGACAUCAAUGCCGUUUUCUUGCUCGCGUAACCUUGUGAAACACUUCACUUCCGGUUCUGUCGUCUGAAUCAAGUGAAGAACUAGCCUUUACCUACCAAAGCCACGUUCCACGGCCCUGAGCCUCGCCAGGACCAACGACAGGCAACACCCAGCGGCACAGAGUGACUGCACAGGAGGGCCACAGUGCAAACUGUAAGGGAUGGGACGUGAAAAGAGUACAUAAACCCUGACACGCAGUUAAGUUCUGUCCGACUCCAUCUCCCCCCAAGCCUCAAGGAAGGAUGAUGGUCUAAACCAUUACAGCAGCAGUUUCUCUGGUAACAGAAGAGACCAUUGGCCAGAUCUGCAGGCUGUUGAGAGACGUUUCUGCACAGGUUGCAUGCCUGUGAGCAUCUCUGCCUCAGAGUGAGGUUUGGGGGUUGGUGCUUUUGUUUCCUCCUAGUUCUUUCUAACUGUCUCAGGUGGAGACUGCAAUGAAGACUGCACACCCACCGGGGAGAGGAUGUGCGCUGAAGGGCCGAGCAAGACACUGUCGGUUGCUUAGCUGACCCGAGGGACAGUGUGGAAUUCUGUGGUGGGACUUAUUCUAGGCUGAAUUCCAGAGUCAGGUGGAUCAAUUGAUCUGUCACUCCAAGAGUUUAGAAAUUUGAGAAAAGGAAGAAUAAGGACCUGUCCAAUCAUGAGAAUAAAAGUACAAAAUCCUGCUAGUGGAGACAAAUUCAUUCCACUCCCCAGCAGCCAGGCUAGCACCAGUACUGGCCCAGUCUCCUCCUCCACUGGAGAUCACAUGUUGUUCUUCUAGGGCUAGGACUGCGCUUUGACUGCCAAAGGAAACCUCACUCUGUUUCCUGAUUCCAGGGACAGAGGUCUCCGAGCCAGCUGUGGCUCAUUCAUCUGGUGACUGGGAGAGCUUGCCAGAAUCUCAGCACUUGCAGGGAGACCUUUUCCCACUGUGUGGUAACCAUGCUGUAUUCAGCUGUAUUCCUACCCCCCAGCAGCAGCAGGAUGGCAUUCUGUGCAGAAAAAGGAGCUAGAGAUGGGAGUUAAGUUUUUCUAGUUACUGGUGUUGGUCCUGAAAGCAGACUGAAAUAACAUUAAAUUGCUCUAACUGGUGAGUUACAUCAAAGGCUUCAUUCUCAGGAAAGCACAGAGUAGACAGAAAGUUAAUGCAAAAUGAGAGCUAGACCAAGCUCAUAGCACCUGCCUAUACCUGUUUACAGAAUGAAUGAAACACCACUAUUAAAAAGGAUUCAGGGGCUUUUAAUCUAGUUUCUAUAAAUCACCAACAUAAUUGAUUCAGGAAAAUGAUAUUAGCCAUCACUUCAGACUGACUUUGGAACAAAUCAAAGUGACCAGAAAGAACUUAGUCUGGUAUUAUCCUGAGCUUCAGAAUUGCAGAAUGCGAUAGAAACACUUCUUUGCAAUUUAAGCAAAUGGAGUGGACCUGCCAAAUUUCUGGAAGGACUAAAAGGACAGGUCUCUUUAGGCUUAUGAAUCUGCUUACUUGAGGGCUUGUUUUGUUUUGAAAAUUUAACAAAUAACUACGAACCUUGUUUGGGCAAGGCAUUGUAAUGUGCUAAGCACCACCAGGCAUAGAACCCCGAUUCAGAUUUUACAACACUGCCCUGAGUAAAUCAUCUUAAAGCUGUGUGAGUCUAAAACCAUGCCUUGCUGCACAACAAGUAAUUGCUUUAGUUGUUCCAUUCCAGUUUAAUUAAUUCCAUUCUAGCCUUCGGCCUGUACCAGAAACCAUGUUUAUCUCACAGAUAAUGAGCUAAAGGGCAGGAAGGCGGGGGCAUGGAACCAGGUCUUCAUGAGCUCACCAUUCUUAGACCAAAGUUCAGAGUAAAAGCAAGAUGUACAUCUGUGACUUCCAGGGGUAUCCUCAAGGGGUAUCCUUCAAGGGGUAUCCUUAUGUAUCCUCAUAGCAGCCUGUCAUAAGGGCUCAGGACACAAACAAUAACUGUGUCGGACGCCACACAGAAAUAAUAGGUUAUGGCAGCCACUGGACAGGACCCCUGUCCCUUACUGUGCAUCUGUAUGCUCUAACCAAGUUCUGAUGCCAUCACAGUCAUUGCUUUUUAACCCUUGGCAAUAAUUUUCAUUUAAAAAAAAGCAACUCCCUCCAUCAGGCAAAUAAUUUAAAACCCAAUUUUUUUUUCUUAAAUUUAUCAUCACAAGAUUCACCCUACUUCUUCUUCUAUACAAGACAGAGAACCCACGUUACAACACUAAUUUUACACUCUCACUCUCCUCGCAGACAAGUCAUAAAGCUUAGAGGAUUCUCUAAGCACGUCCAUCAUCUUUACUGCCUGACUGCGCCUUCACCGAGGGGCGGUGGAGGGCGGGAUGUUCCUAGGUCACUCUGGUAACAGAAGUCAUGAGCGAAAACGUGACCUCUCUUGGCCAGAAGAAAGUCACCUGACAGUGUUUACUUCAUCAGUCUGAAUGCUACAGAAGACCAAAAAAAAAAAAAAACCAGCACAUGCACACACACAAAACCGCAAACCACUAAAAGCUGCUUAAACACUGAUUUGUUGAGCAGAGCAGAGAUGAAAUUUCUCUAGCAGAGAAAGAGUAGAAAGGUAAUGUGGGCCUUUUAAACCUUUAGUCCAUUUAGCCAGGCUUCAGUUGGGAUAGAUGGAAUAUCAAAAUCAGGCUAGUCUAGACAAAAACUGCAUGGCUGUUUAAAAACCACUGCAUAGGAGGAAUGUGUUAGAAGGAAAUAGAUUGAAAACAAUUAGACAAUCGUUGACCCGCAGCUAUUUUUCUAAUACAUUUCUAUCAAGCGCCUCAGUCUAAAAAUCUAAUAUACCUGGACCAUUACUACUACCAGCAAGUCUUAUUUAUUUUUCGCCUGCGUUUGUGCUUAAAGUUUUGUGAUGGGGCUGGGCUUCUCAAUGAACUCCAAGAAGGCAGAAAUGUUUGCUUUGGAGUCUGUGGAUUUUUUAAACCUGUGUGCUGAUUCAACAAUGUUACAUUAAUUGUGUAAGGGUUUUUGUAUAGUUAUCAAACAUCUGUGGUGUAGUGAUCUUUGCUAAACAUGUAUUCUGUAAAGUGCCAUAGUCUUUUUUAUGUGUAGCAUAUUUAAAAAAUAUAUAUGUAUAUUAUACAUACACAAGUCUGUGUGAAAGAUGUGCAAUAACAAAGGUGUAUGUAUGUUUUGUUUUUUGGAAACUGGACAGGAGUCAGAACAGAGAUUGUUUCUGUUUUGGCAAAGGAGAGUUAAACAUUUUGCCUUCAUGGCCUAGUCAUUAACCCAUAACAAUUUUAAUGCUACACAAACCUAUGUGAAGAAAAGACUGGUAUGAAAUCAUUUUUUCCUGGGUCUAAAUUAAAAUAAUCCCUAGAUUUAUGUGAAAGUUAAGCCAGCAAGACAGGCCCAGUUAAUGCUAGUCUUUCAUGUGAAAUGUGAAGCUGCCACGUUGCCUUUUCUGUUUGUGUGAUAACUAGUAGCUGGUACAUAAUCACUAAGGAGCUAUUUCUUAACAUGCUUUGAUAGACCACGUUAAUGCUAGACCACUAUUUAAGGGCUAAUCUCACACCGUCUUAGCCGUAAGGGUCUGCUUAGAACAGACCUCUCUGUGCAAUAACACGUGGCCACUGGAAAUCCCUGGCCUGCGUUUGUAUUUGGGCAGCAAUGACUCCCAAGGGCCAAAAGAAAUAAAAGCACGACUGGGAUUUCUUCUGAGACUGUGGUGAAACUCCUUCCAAGACUGGGGGGUCAUGAGGUGCUUUGGAGGAACUCAGCACCACUUGAUAUUCAGCAGCCACUUGAGCCAAAUAUAAAGUUGUAUUGCCGCUGAUGGACUCCACGUGAGCCUUUGAAUUUCUGCUUAUCCUGUUAUAUUGUAAACUAAUACAUUAUUUGUCUAGCAUUGAUUAGGUUCCUGUGCGUAUGUAUUUUCACAACAUGCUCCCCUCCCCUCCCCAGAUAUGAAUUAAACCAGAUUUUGCA